AUGGACGGCGGAAAGAUGGAGCGCUUCUCCUGCAGUGUGAUUCUGAUCAUGGCCAUUUCCAAAGCAUUUGAACUGGAAUUAGUUGCUGGGUUGGGCCACCGUGAACUUGCGAGGAGAGAGCCGCCCUUAAGAGAUGCCAGCGUUCGGUCCCGGGAGGAGCCUGCGGUUCGUCACCGGUCUUCCCCGUUUGUGCCGACCUUAGGCAUCCAGGAUAGUAAGGAGUUAAACAGAACUUGCUGUCUGAAUGGGGGCACCUGCAUGCUGGGGUCCUUCUGUGCCUGCCCACCGUCCUUCUAUGGCCGCAACUGUGAACAUGAUUCCCGGAAAGAGAACUGUGAGUCGGUGCCCCAUGACACCUGGCUGCCCAGGAGAUGCUCCAUGUGUAAAUGCUGGCGUGGCCGGCUUCACUGCUUCCGGCAGACAUUCCUACCGGGCUGUGAUGGCCAUGUGAUGGAGGAGCACGUCCUGGUCUCCAGGACUCCAGAAUUAACACUGUCUUUGGGCACCACUUUCUCACUGGCUGGCAUCUGCCUCACUCUACAAAGUUACUGUUAAUCGACACUUGCAUAUGCAGUAUUUUGUCAUGCGAGUUUCAUAACCUGUAAAGACUGUCACUCCCGUGUCCCCAGAGAUGAUCAUUGGUUAGAUGCCUUGAAAUAGUGAAUAGAUUUUCAUCAAGGUCCCUAACAUUUUCUUCAAGUACUAACUACUUUCCUCUGCCCUGCUGUCUCCAAAAAAUUUCUCUUAAAAUAAAGUCAGCCAUAGGGGCGCCUGGGUAGCUCAGUCAGUUAAGCAUCUGCCUUUGGCUCAGGUCAUGAUAACCGAGGCCUGGAAUCGAGCCCCGUGUCAGGCUCCCUACACAGUGGGGAGUCUGCUUCUCCCUCCAUCUCCUUCUCCCCACCCCUUGUGCUCUCUC